UAAAGUGAAGAACAAGAAUUUGUACCUGGCAACGUUUGCGUCCGUUCUGGGUCCCAUGAGUUUCGGGUUUGUGUUGGGAUACAGCUCUCCCGCCAUUCCUGAACUAACCAAGAUUGCUGACCCUCGGCUGCGGCUGGACGAUAACCAGGCCUCCUGGUUUGGGUCCAUAGUGACAGUGGGAGCAGCGGCCGGCGGCCUGCUGGGCGGUUGGAUGGUGGGGAAGAUCGGCAGGAAGCUCAGUCUGAUGUUCUGCUCACUGCCAUUCGUCUUUGGCUUUACCAUCAUCAUCGCAGCACAGAACAUAUGGAUGCUGUACAUCGGCAGAGUGCUCACCGGCCUCGCCAGCGGGGUCACGUCACUGGUCGUCCCGCUGUAUAUCUCUGAGAUGGCACACGAGCGGGUACGUGGGACAUUAGGCUCCUGUGUGCAACUCAUGGUGGUGCUAGGCAUCAUGGGAGUGUAUCUCGCAGGUCUUUUCCUGGACUGGCGCUGGCUGGCAAUCUGCAGCUCCAUCCCGCCUACACUGCUGAUGGUCUGUAUGUGCUUCAUGCCAGAGACGCCCCGCUUCCUGCUGUCACAGGGCAAGAGGCGGGAGGCUGAGGAGGCUCUACGCUUUCUGCGAGGACCGGACGCUCCUGUCGAAUGGGAGUGCGCCCGCAUUGAGGACGCCUGUGAUGAGCAGGGCUCCAGUUUCCAUAUGUCAGACCUGAAAGACCCUGGUGUCUACAAGCCUCUGGUGAUCGGCGUCAUGCUGAUGUUAUUUCAGCAGAUGACGGGGAUCAAUGCUAUCAUGUUCUACGCUGAGAGCAUAUUUGAACAGGCACAUUUUAAGGAGAGUGACCUGGCCUCAGUGAUCGUGGGUCUGAUUCAGGUCGUCUUUACAGGAGUGGCAGCGCUGAUCAUGGACAAAGCAGGAAGGAAAGCUCUUCUCAUUAUCUCAGGUGUUGCCAUGGCAAUCAGCACCACAGCGUUCGGGGUUUACUUCUACCUGAUGUCCAAACUUCACAGCACCACGUCGCUGAGCCUCUUGAUGUUGGACAUCCAGAGCAAAGCUGGCGAAGAACCCCAUGCUGACCUGGCCUGGCUGGCCCUGGCCAGCAUGGCGGUCUUCAUCACUGGUUUUGCGCUUGGUUGGGGCCCGAUCCCAUGGCUGGUCAUGUCGGAGAUUUUCCCAGCCAAAGUGAGGGGGGUAGCCAGCGCUGUCUGCGUCCUCACCAACUGGACUAUGGCGUUCAUCGUCACUAAAACCUUUCAAGACAUGAUGAGUAUUCUAACCAGCGCUGGAACCUUCUGGCUCUUCGCCUGUAUGUGCAUCCUCAACGUCAUCUUCACCAUCGCCUUCAUCCCAGAAACCAAGGGCAAGACACUUGAGCAGAUCGAAGCCACUUUCAGAGGGACAUCAGGUUCCUGAAGCCCCCCCCUUCUGCUAAGAAAACAUCACAUGUAAAAAACAAACAAACAACAAAACAAAAAGUGUCAACUGACACUGUGUGGGCAUUUUACAAAACCUUUCUAUACCUAUAAAGCUAUGAAGCUUGAUUGAAAACUUUCUUAUCACACACUAAUACAACAGCACUGUAAUAACUCUUGAAAUUAUCUUAUCUCUUACAAUGUUAAUUUUUUGUUCAGACUGUUUCAGGGAGGUGCUGAUUCAAAUGUGUGAUCAUUUUGGAGGAUGCAAGUUAAGGUGCUGCUGAACUGAGAGGUGUUGCUAAUAUUUGUCCAUCCCAUAUAUAUAUCAAUGAGGUCUGCCUAUACUGGUGACUGGUUGUAAAUCAUCUGUUUCUGCAGGAAGUCUGACCUCCAACAUUAAACUAUUUAAUAAUCAGGCCAUUAAAUACAGUUUUCCGCAUGUGAAAUCCUUUGAAUAUGUUCUUGUGCUGAGAAAAAACAUCUCUAACCACAACAAAAUAAGAAAUGGGUUUCAAAAUUAGACUAAAACACUCUUUUAAACACUGUUGUAGAGUGACUCCCAGUGAGCAGAUUCAGUGCAGUUUUAGUGUCAAAACAGUUGGACUGGAUGGGACACUUGAGACUGGUGGAGAGGAACUGGCAUCCUCAGUGCUGCUACCUCUAGCAAGACAACUCUACACUGCCCCCUGCAGGUCUCACUGCUGUAGCUCUCCUCUAAAUCUGAUCUCUGAUCAGCAAAGUUUUUCUGCACAGGUUUAAAAUUUCCUUUUGUGGGCAGUUUGACAGUUACCCACCUUUAUAGAAAGCUAUACUAAACUAAACUGAAAAUCAUGUACAUAGUAAAAGUUAUAUAACACUGGGGUCUUGGAUUCUCUACUGUUAAGUAACAAAGGUAUACUCCACCCCAAAUUGUUCCUUUGAGUGUCAAAAAGAGAAAAGAGGCUGUUAAGCUUGAAUUAAUAUCAGGUAUCCAUAGUUGUUUCUCAAACCACUGCUGCAGCAUAUUUCUAAUGAUCACCGAUGUUCCAUUUUUAAACCAGUUAUGGUUUAAAACACAGGAUCUGUCUUAAUCCUCACAUUUGUUAUUUCAGUGGGUUAAACUUUUUCUAUACUAACAAUAUGUUUGAUCAAAGAUAAGCUGGUACAAUGCUAUAACAGAGUGUAGGGAACACAUAGUUUUUAAAACAGUAUUGGUAUUCAUGUGAUUCAGUGCCAAUGCAUCAGAAUUAUUUUCUCCUUUUACUAGAUGAGAAUAAUGUCCGGUGUCCUUGCACCUUCUACUCGAAACAAAGUGCGUCUUUGAAGGAAUUUUGCAGAAACUUUAUUGCACUGAUGUUUUGGGAAGUGAGUUUGCUGUUUACACUGACUGUAAAUGUAACUGUGCGGUUUACAUCAUCAGAGAAAUGAAGUGAAACUAAACAGAUUCUGUCAUGCAAAACUAUGAACAAAUAAAAUUACAAACUGUAAAGUAUCGUACAAGCAA